CGGACUGGGGCGGGCGGAAGGAGAGCCAGGCCGGAAGGAGGCUGCCGGAGGGCGGGAGGCAGGAGCGGGCCAGGAGCUGCUGGGCUGGAGCGGCGGCGCCGCCAUGUCCGACAGCGAGAAGCUCAACCUGGACUCGAUCAUCGGGCGCCUGCUGGAAGUGCAGGGCUCGCGGCCUGGCAAGAAUGUACAGCUGACAGAGAACGAGAUCCGCGGUCUGUGCCUGAAAUCCCGGGAGAUUUUCCUGAGCCAGCCCAUUCUUCUGGAGCUGGAGGCACCCCUCAAGAUCUGCGGUGACAUACACGGCCAGUACUACGACCUUCUGCGACUAUUUGAGUAUGGCGGUUUCCCUCCCGAGAGCAACUACCUCUUUCUGGGGGACUAUGUGGACAGGGGCAAGCAGUCCUUGGAGACCAUCUGCCUGCUGCUGGCCUAUAAGAUCAAGUACCCCGAGAACUUCUUCCUGCUCCGUGGGAACCACGAGUGUGCCAGCAUCAACCGCAUCUAUGGUUUCUACGAUGAGUGCAAGAGACGCUACAACAUCAAACUGUGGAAAACCUUCACUGACUGCUUCAACUGCCUGCCCAUUGCGGCCAUAGUGGAUGAAAAGAUCUUCUGCUGCCACGGAGGCCUGUCCCCGGACCUGCAGUCUAUGGAGCAGAUUCGGCGGAUCAUGCGGCCCACAGACGUGCCUGACCAGGGCCUGCUGUGUGACCUGCUGUGGUCUGACCCUGACAAGGACGUGCAGGGCUGGGGCGAGAACGACCGUGGCGUCUCUUUUACCUUUGGAGCCGAGGUGGUGGCCAAGUUCCUCCACAAGCACGACUUGGACCUCAUCUGCCGAGCACACCAGGUGGUAGAAGACGGCUACGAGUUCUUUGCCAAGCGGCAGCUGGUGACACUUUUCUCAGCUCCCAACUACUGUGGCGAGUUUGACAAUGCUGGCGCCAUGAUGAGUGUGGACGAGACCCUCAUGUGCUCUUUCCAGAUCCUCAAGCCCGCCGACAAGAACAAGGGGAAGUACGGGCAGUUCAGUGGCCUGAACCCUGGAGGCCGACCCAUCACCCCACCCCGCAAUUCCGCCAAAGCCAAGAAAUAGCCCCCACGCACCACCCUGUGCCCCAGAUGAUGGAUUGAUUGUACAGAAAUCAUGCUGCCAUGCUGGGGGGGGGGUCACCCCGACCCUUCAGGCCCACCUGUCACGGGGAACAUGGAGCCUUGGUGUAUUUUUCUUUUCUUUUUUUAAUGAAUCAAUAGCAGCGUCCAGUCCCCCAGGGCUGCUUCCUGCCUGCACCUGUGGUGACUGUGAGCAGGAUCCUGGGGCUGAGGCUGCAGCUCAGGGCAACGGCAGGCCAGGUCGUGGGUCUCCAGCCGUGCUUGGCCUCAGGGCUGGCAGCCGGAUCCUGGGGCAACCCAUCUGGUCUCUUGAAUAAAGGUCAAAGCUGGAUUCUC